AUGGGCGCGGCGGGCCGGCGGGCGGCGGGGGCGCUGCUGCUGCGCUCCAGCGAGGUGCCGGCGAGCGUGGCGGAGAGCUUCAUCCUGAGCGGCUACCGGUGCCCGGGCUCCACCUUCGCGCAGUGCCUGGCCUCGGCCUUCCAGCCCACCAACGAGACGGGCAACUUCUGGACGCACUUCGUGGCCGUCUUCAUCUUCGCCUUCCGCGUGGCGGAGCAGUUCUGGGGCGAGGGCGCGGGCCUGCUGGAGCCCUUCUACUACCCCCUGUGGAGCUACUGCCUGGGCGUGGGCGGCCUGCUGGUGGCCAGCAGCAUGGCGCACCUCUUCAACUCCAUGUCGCUGCUCAUGCGCGAGGUGUGCUUCUACAUCGACUACGGCACCAUCAGCGCCUACACCGUGGGCUCCUCCUUGGCCUACUUCUACUACAUCCACCCGGCGCCCGCCGGCGGCGCCUCCAACCUCUCCUCGGGCCCCUGGCUGGGCAGGGAGGGCGCCGGCGGGCUCGGGGCGCUGCUGGGCGGCUGGUUCGAGGCCCUGUACGUGCCCUCGGCGUGCCUCGUCGCCCUCUUCUGCACCCUGGCCUGCUGCAGCAGCCGCCACCAGUGGCCGCGCCACCGCUACCUCAUCCGCACGCUCGUCUUCCUGCUGCCCUUCGCCGUGGUCUCCAUCCCGGUCUUCCACAAGCUGUGGCGGGUGGGCGGCGGCCAGGGCACGGGGCGCUUCUUCCUGCGGCACUGCUGCUGGCUGCUGGCCUCCGGGCUCUUCAACGUCAGCAAGAUCCCCGAGCGCCUCAGCCCGGGCAAGUUCGACAUCUGGGGCCACAGCCACCAGUGGUUCCACUGCUGCACCUUCAUGAGCAUCCUGGACGAGCUCCACAUGAUCCGCGGCGAGAUCCGGGAGCUGGGCGCCGCCCCCCCGCCGCUGCCCAGAGCGCCCACCUUCCUCUCCACCUUCGGCGUGAUGCUCUGCUUGCUCCUGCUUCUGGCCACCAUCGUCGGCUGCUUUGGCGCCCGGGCCUACGCCACGCAGCAGCGCAGCCAGCGCAGGAAGGGGGACUGA